AAGAAUUAAUAAAAAAAAAAAAUACCAUUUUUUUUAGCUGUCGAGAAUUUUUCUUUAAAUAUUAAGUUAUAUUAAAGGAAAGUUAUUCGUUAGAAUGAUAUCGGUACUAUCCCGCCUGAGCUCUUUUUAUAGUUCCUAUGUCUUGGGAGUACUAACAGUAGGAUAUAUUCUAGGAGAAUUGGGUCAUUAUCUUAUUGGUGUAACAUCGAAACAGACAGCCAUAGACUUGGAUUAUGGCGACAUAGCGUGUCAAAUGAAUACAACAAUGUUCGAGAGAACAGAACUUCCAGAGCAAUGUUCAGCAGUAACGAACGAGACGAGUUGCUUAGCUUUAGAUAUCAAUGGCACUAAUUACUGUGAAUGGAACUACAAUGGCUUAGGUAUUGAAUAUCAAAUCUUAGCGGGCCCAACGUUCAUAUUAAUUUUUACUAUUGCUGGAGUAUUUAUGGGUGUGGCAGCUGACAAAUAUAAUCGUGUUAAAAUGUUGACCGUCUGCACUGUAAUAUUUGGAAUAGCUAUUAUUCUACAAGGCACUGUCAAAGAGUAUUGGCAGUUGGUCGUAUUAAGAAUGAUUAUGGCGGCAGGAGAAUCUGGCUGCAAUCCUUUAGCUACUGGCAUUAUGUCGGAUAUUUUUCCCGAAUCUAAACGAGCUUUGGUGAUGGCUAUUUUCAAUUGGGGCAUAUAUGGUGGUUACGGUAUAGCUUUUCCUGUGGGUCGUUACAUUACCAAAGCCAAUUUCUUUAAUUUGGGCUGGCGCGUAACGUAUUUAGGUACUGGCAUCUUGGCUAUUCUGAUGGCUAUAUUAACGGGGACUACUCUUAAAGAGCCGGAACGUAAAGCUAUUGCUGAAACCAAUAUGCAAGAUAAGAGCGGAAAAAAGGGUAACUUAUGGUCAGUACUAAAAAAUCCUGCCAUGAUUAUGCUAAUGAUCGCUGCUUCUAUACGUCAUUCGGGCGGUAUGACUUUUGCUUAUAACGCGGACUUGUAUUAUAACAUUUAUUUUCCUGAUGUGGAUUUGGGCUGGUGGUUAUUUUGUGUAACUAUUGGUAUUGGCAGCGUUGGUGUUGUGGUGGGCGGUAUUGUUUCUGAUCGUAUCGUAGCUAAGAUGGGCGUUCGAUCUAGAGCUAUUGUUUUGGCGUUAAGUCAAUUGGUAGCUACCCUACCGGCCUUUGGCUCUGUAUACUUUAAUCCUUUAUGGGCUAUGAUUACUUUGGGUCUUUCAUAUUUCUUUGCGGAAAUGUGGUUUGGCAUUGUUUUUGCCAUUGUUGUCGAAAUUGUACCGUUAAAAGUGCGUUCUUCGACGAUUGGUGUAUUCCUGUUUGUUAUGAAUAAUAUUGGCGGCAAUCUCCCCAUCUUCGUUGAUCCAGUGGCCAAAAAAAUUGGUUAUCGAGGAGCCAUUAUGAUAUUCUACGCCGGCAUGUAUGGCAUAAGUUCGAUUUUGUUUCUCAUCACCUGCUUCAUGUUGGAAGGUAAACCGAAAACCGAAGAAACUACCAAUAAGUAUGAUAAAGAUAUUGAAGCUCAUACCCGCCAUAUACAAGGUCAUGAUAAUUCAGUAUUUGCUGGUGAUGAAGUUCCUCCUUAUAAUAAUAAUUUGCCGGUUAUUUUAACAAACAAUCAUUUGCAAAAAAUCAAUGGAACCGAUAAAGCGCAAAUACGCGAGAGCAGCAGGCUAUAG